AUGGAGAUCUUACUUCCAUUUCUGAAUCGUUAUGAUUUAUCACAGCAUAUUUCCCUAUCCAUAUCGAAUAUUUUGGCAUAUGCGACCGAAUUAGCUCAACAGGACAAAGAACUCGAAAAGUUAACGCGUCUUUUCGAUGCUCUUCCAUCGAAUUUCCCUCUCGAUCCAAUACCUAUUGCUUGUCAAUUGUUUGAUCAUCUUCUACAAAAUGCAUCGACUAUCCAUCAACAUCGUUUACUAUCUUCUUGUUUGCAUUUAAUGAAGAUGGAAGAUCGUCUUCAUAGAAUUAUGCGAAUCUUUCUCAUUAUACUCGAUCAUGAACAAUCAGUUGAAUUGCGUGAACUUCUCUGCAAACUACUGAGCACCAUCGACUCAAAUAUAUUGACGGCAUUGUCGAUUGACUGGACACGUAUAGAAUCAGCUAUACGUUCUCAACAUGAUCCCAAAUAUCUCACAUAUCUGUGGCGUUUUCUCCCUAAACAUUAUCAAUCGAAUCUUGAACAGAUUCUCGUUCGCACCUUGCCACUGAUCCAAAACAAUGAUGAAUUAUUACUCUUAUUAACGAUCGAACUGAGAUCAGUUAGAAUAUUCAUAAGCAUGCCAUCAUUUUGGUAUUUAUUGCAACGCGCACUGGGCGAUAGUUCGUCAAAUAAUGAUCGUGUGCGUAAAUGUGCUUUGUAUUUGCUCAAACAGGUUCUAGCCGAUGACGAGCAUGAACAAGUACAAUUAAAUGAUGAGAAAGUCAAUCGUUUAUUAGUGCUAUUUAAUGAUAAAUUCAAAUCCUUUUGGAUGGAUUUUAUCGUUGUAUAUGAAGCAUUGGAUGAUGGUGUGGUUCAUCUAAUUAAGCCAGUGUUGACAAAAUUCGAUCGAAUUUAUAAACUAUCUCUUGAAUAUGGAUUGUCUUUGACGUGGGUUUUCAUUUUAUUACAACGCUUGUUCACUACAACGAGUUCGCCAUUAGCACGUUGGACAGUUCGGUGGUUUCUUCAAUCAAUGCAAUUGCCUGAUGCUCAAGUAGAAAGUUUCUUCCUCGAGACUGUACUUGAUUGGACAUCAAACAAUGUCAUUUUUCUCAAAGGUGAUGAACUGAAUGAAUGUCAAGCUAUGGAACACUAUAUAGAAUCAUAUCUUGAACGAUGGUUGAAUUCAACACCGAAUCCAAGUAACACCAUUCUGACCUUGUUUUCCAGAAUACAAGCAACCAAAUGGUCUCAAAUCUCACUCGUACGUGUGCUAUAUUCAUUUCGAGCAUUUGCUGUUAGUAAUCAGAAUCGCGCGCUACUCAAUGAUGAACAUAUCAAAGUAUUAUCAACAUUGAUUUUAACACAAUUUCAUACGUUCGCACCGGUGUUACGCUUGUCAGCUUAUAAAUCGUUGCUUGACAGUGUGGUGGAACUUUUUAAUUGGUCAACAUGUUCAACAUCAUCGCAUCUUCUGAAGUUUUUAGCGUUUUUCGAUCGACCUGUGUUUCUAUCAAAACAUUUUUCGAACAUAUCAAGUCACUUGACAUUUGACAUUCGACAAUUACAAAACCUAAUUGCCAACUUUCUUUCAUCCGAUUCAACCACAACAGUAUCCAACGCGCGACUGUUUUCUACCGAUAACGAUCUUUUACAAAUUCGUCAAAUUACAUUCCUUUUGGAUCUUCUCGAAAUUCCCAAUACGGACGUUCUGAAAACAGUAUUUCACCCUAUGAUUGAAAAUAUUCGAACAGCUUAUCAACGUCCAUACAUGUCGAUAAACAACGUUCGAAGAUCUAUUGAAUUAUUCUCCGGUUUGAUACAAGAAACCUAUUUUCAUUCAUCGAAUUUUGUUAAAGAUGGAUUUUCAUCAAGUAUGCGAUCAAUUACACGUGAAGGUUUAAGCUUCAUCAAAACAAAUUGCUUUAAACAACCGAUGGCAUUUGCAAAACUACCGAUUGCCUUUUUGAUCGUAGGCAAUCAUGGAGAUAUUAGUCGAUAUUUACAAGAAUUAAUUCAUCAAAUCGAUACGAUGACGUCACAACAGACUGGAAAUACAUGUCAGCCACUUGUAAUCUUAUUUGCGCACUCGACUGAUUGGCUUUUAACAAAUCGAUUAGCUGAUUUCAAUGUCGAAUGGAAUACCAACUUUCGAACUCUACCGAUUUUUUCCAAACUUUUGCCAUUAUUGAAUCAACCCCAAGCGAACGUGUCAUAUGCGGAUCUAUUGAUCGCGAAAUAUCUACUUAUUGCGAAUAAUAUUUCAGCUAUUGAAACAUGCGAACAUAUCGUUGAUGAUUUAUUCAAAGCAUCACCCAAAGAACUUCCAUAUUUAAUUCGUGCUAUCGGUGCACUGUUGCGUCAAACACAAAUUACGGAUGAAGACAAGUGUAAACUGGUGGCAUCGACAAUUAAUGUUAUUCAUGAAAUUGAUCAUCGAAUGCCAACGUAUUGGCCAUGUUUCACUAUGUUUUGUCAAGCUAUUUCUUCAUCGGUUACUGAUACGACUCUGUCCAGCCAAUUAACUGAUUGGUUCAUUCAAAUGUUUGAAAAAUCCAAGCAUGUUUGCGGCAUUAUAAAUGUUAUUCUUGACUCUGUUGUUCCAGUAUGGACACGAGAGCGGCAAGUUCAAUCGUGUUACUUAUCUUUCAUAGUCGAAUGUCUUAUCUUUGGACAAACGUAUCAAAAAGAUAAAAAACAACAAUGGCAGGCUGAACAACUUCUCGAACAGGAUGAAUCACUUCGUCUGCUUAUCAUUCAGGCGCACAUCGUACCAGAAUAUCGUUACGAUCGGAAUGUUCGUAUUUCUGUACAAUUAUUUCUUCUCCACAUCUGGCCUUCACUACACAGCGUUCAACAAAAUGAUAUUGUGAUGCAAAUAAUCGACAAGCAUCGUCAAUUAUCGUUGAAGGAGCGUCGACCGCGCUUUUGUACCAAUUCACUAGAGCAUCGGAUUAUGUUUCGUUCGCUUCAAUGUCUUCUAUGUUUAACAUCCACUAUUGAAGAUCAAAGCCUUUUACAAUUGAUCUACGAUUACAUUGUUGAGUCGAUUAUGCGUGAGAAUGAGCCAUCACUUCGUUUGCUAUCAGAAUGGAUUAUCAUUCGUUUGAUCUCACACGAUCAAGCGACACGUUUGAAUGAUUUGUAUGAAUACUUACGCGAUGCUCCUCAGCAUAAAACAGGAACUGUAUGUGCUUGGAUAUCCAUCGCUUCGCAUAUCGCAAACAGUCUAGGAAACAAAAUGGAACAAAUCGAAUAUAUUAAUAAAAUCUUUGGAUACAUUAGUCCGAUGUUAAUUCAUUCGAAUUUUCAUAUUCGAACAUUUACUUGUUCGACUAUCAUUAAACUACUGGAAUUUAUCGAACAACAUCGUUUACAACACGAAACACCAUAUGAAGCAUAUCGAUGGUUUAAACAAACAGACGAGAAAUCUGAACUCGGCCGAUACACCGCUAAACUUCGACAUCUGUUUCUAUAUAAAUUUGAUUCUACACGCGAUUUCUCAUUAGAAACGAUUUUUUAUACACUACCGAAAUUAUCUCUAUUAGCCGAAGACGAGUAUUUACCAGCCGAUUGGUUUAUUGAAUUAAGCAAACAAUUACAUUUGAAAUUUCUUCUAUCGGUACAUAAUCUCUCUACCAUUUUACAAUCGUGUCAAUCUGGAAUAUGGCGAUUAACUGCUGGAGGAAAGAGUGACACAGGAGGAGGACAACAACAACAACAGCAAGAUGAUGAAGGGUCAUCAACAAUUCAACAUAAAGCUAAUCCAUAUCCAGUUGUUGAAGCAUCGGAUGAUACAGAAUUGAGAGGAACGAUUAAACGAACAGAAUUGAUACUUGUUGCGUCAUUGAUUGAUAAACAAACAAAUUUAGGUGGUCUUUGUCGAACUGGUGAAGUUUUUGGUAUAAAAGAAUUUGUCAUUGGAAGCAUUCGGAUAUUGGAAGAUCAACAGUUUCUUAACCUUAGUAUGACUGCUCAUAAAUGGCUACGAAUCAAACAAGUACAAGAGAGAGAAUUGAAAGAUUAUUUAAUUGAUAUGCAAGCUCAGGGAUACACUAUUGUAGCAGUUGAACAAACAGUGAAUAGUCAAAAUUUAUACGAGUUCCAGUUUCCCGAAAAAACUUUGCUUUUACUUGGAAAUGAACGCGAAGGUAUUCGAGCUGAUCUUUUAUCUCUAGUCGAUGCCACUGUUGAGAUCCCACAAGCCGGUGUCAUUCGAUCGUUAAACGUUCAUUUAUGCUCCUGUAUCAUAUGGCCAUUUAGCAAAGAAUUGUAUCGAAAAGUGAACUGCUUUCUGGCAUUGAGCAUAUGGAGUCAAUUUACAUUCUUCGCGCAAUGGUGGUCAGGAAGUAAUUGUGUACUAUACAUAAAUCCAAGCGAUCUAGAAAAAGUUCGUAAUGAACAUGCGAUUGUGAUAAUGAAUCAUAAGUAUGAUAUUGAUUGGCUCGCAGGAUGGGUCAUUUGUCAACGUUUGGGUAUCAUGCAAGGAUCGAAGAUAGUUGGUAAACAAUCACUUAAGUUAGUUCCAAUUGUUGGCUGGUGUUGGAUAUUUACGGAAUCGAUAUUUCUGCGACGUGUCUGGGAAAGUGAUCGUGAAACAUUAGUAAAAGAUUUACGCAAAGUGCUUGCUAAUUAUCCGGAAAACUAUUACUUUAACUUCUUACUUUUCUGUGAAGGAACACGAUUCACUGAAAAGAAAAGAAUAGCAAGCAUGAAAAUUGCUCGAGAAAAAGGUUUACCAGAACUCAAACAUCACAUCCUUCCACGUACAAAAGGAAUUACUCUGUUAUUACAAGGCGCAGAAAAUCGAAUUGCUGCUGUAUACGAUCUAACAGUUGGAUUUAAAAAAACCGGAGCUGUACCAACACUUCUCAGCAUAUUGAAAGGACAAGCAUGUCAAGCAGAGAUCUUCGUUCGACGUAUUCCUGUGUCAGAUAUUCCACAAGAUACUGAACAAUGCAGUAACUGGGUGCAUGAGUUAUAUCAAGAGAAAGAUCAAAUCUAUAAUUACUUUAUUAAACAUGAUACUUUUGAAGGACAAGGAUUACCUCGAACAGAAAUUCAACGUAACUAUUAUGAUUUGAUUAUUGAACUUAGUUGGAUGUUAAUCAUUGGUUUACCAUCACUAUUCUAUCUACUGAAAUUCUUCUUCACAAGUUCAUUCUUAGUCCAAUUUAUCACCAUCGGUUUGAUUUGCAUUGCCACAAUCGGAGUUCGUGCAAUGAUUGCAGUAACAGAAACGGAACAUGGUUCACAUUACGGCGAGGCACGUAAAGAAGGUUAA